UAAAUGAUGUGCCCUGGAGUCACGGCUCUCCAUGUACUGUUGCGUCAUGCGCGCUUCACGGGCUGUGUUUAGGUAUGUCUGGCCAGUGCAUGGCAGAGUGUGUGGUGCAGGGACGCAGGAGAGGACUGCUGCCCUCCCUCACUUCUCCGCUGAGCCCUCAGGAGAGCGCAGGAAGAAGGACUGCAUGGAGACUGCACUGAGCGGUUCACUCUGAUUAAACGCCUCAGCGCCGACUUGGAGACGAAAUCUGGAUCACACAGAUAAACCAUGUAGACUUGGACAACUCAUACAGUUUAUUUAUGUGUAGAAAAACAUCUUUUCGCGAGUUCCAAGUGAUCUGAAGCCUGCUAUGGAGGACCUCUUGAGUCAAAAUGAGUGUGAGCACUAACAAUGUCACAAACUUGUGGAAAAAUGGUUCCUCGGAACUGGAGGGGAAUCCGGGCGCGCUUUCACAGGUCAACUUCACCAACAUCAGCUCCAGCGGGGGGAACCACACGCAGCCUAGCGUGGUGGACCUCUCUCGGGCUAUUCCGCUCGGAUUGGUACUGGGGGCUUUUAUCUUGUUCGCGAUCGUGGGCAACAUCCUCGUUAUCCUCUCGGUUGUGUGCAACAGGCACCUGCGCACCCCGACCAACUACUUCAUCAUCAACCUGGCCAUCGCCGACCUUCUGCUUAGCACCACAGUGCUACCAGUGUCCGCCACCCUGGAGAUCCUAGACUACUGGGUGUUUGGAAGGAUCUUCUGUGACAUCUGGGCGGCGGUGGAUGUGUUGUGCUGCACCGCGUCCAUCAUGAGCCUGUGCGUAAUAUCCAUCGACCGCUUCAUUGGAGUGAGCCACCCGCUGCAGUACCCGGGCAUUGUGACGGAGAAGCGGGCUCUGCUGGCCAUGCUGGGGGUGUGGGUGCUGUCUGUGGUCAUCUCCAUCGGGCCUCUGUUCGGGUGGAAGCAGCCGCCGUCGCCGGACGACACGGUGUGCCCCAUCACCGAGGAGCCGUUUUACGUACUCUUCUCCUCCCUCGGCUCCUUCUACAUCCCUCUCGUGGUUAUCCUGGCCAUGUACUGCCGGGUGUACAUAGUCGCCAAACGGACCACUAAGAACCUGGAGGCAGGUGUGAUGCGCGAGAGGAUGAACUCCGGGGAGCUGACCCUCAGGAUCCACAAGGGAUCUCAAGUGCAAGAGGAGUCCACCAGCUCAGGCGCAGCAGUCGGCAAGGGCCGCGCGCACCAAGCGAGGAGUUCUCUCACGGUGAAACUUCUGAAAUUCUCCCGGGAGAAGAAAGCGGCUAAAACUUUGGGAGUUGUGGUCGGCAUGUUUACGCUCUGUUGGCUGCCCUUCUUUCUCGCCUUGCCCAUAGGGUCUUUUAAUGUGAAUUUGCGCCCACCUGAUCUUCUCUUCAAAGUGACCUUCUGGUUGGGCUACUUCAACAGCUGUCUGAACCCCAUAAUUUACCCCUGCUACAGCCGCGAGUUCAAGCUGGCCUUCAUUCGCAUCCUGAGAUGUCAGUGUCAUCAGCGUAAACGGAGAGCAUACAACUACCGCUCCUCCAACUUCAGCUCUUCUGGACACUCACGAAAAGGCUCAGCGGAUCACAACUCCAGCUGCUUGAACGGCAGCCAGCGUACUCUGCCCUCAUCCGCCAGUCCGAGCCCCAGCUACCUGAGCCACAGUCUCCCGACUUGUCCUGAAGGGGAAACAUUAUACAUCUGGGGAGGAACUACUCCAACUCCAUCCACUCCUAACCUGCUGCCUGGCAGUCCUGCAGACUGCCAGCAUGGGGUUCCGAGAAGAGAGUCAAGAGGAGGGACACCGGCUGAGGAGACAACCGGGAGGGUUUUCUCUUUCUCUUUUAGGAAUAACAAAGACAAAACAGGGAUCCGCAAAGACAGCAUUGUGCCUGAUGACAAGGUGUGACAUGUUCAUUCCUUAUCAGGAUUUAAGAUGAAACACAAAAUGUGGGAUUCACAGGUUAGCUGCAUCCACUGUACAUGGUCCCAUGAUCACUGCUAUUGUUAUUAGUGGUCAAUGUGAGGUGAUUGACUAUGCUGCUGUAUCAGAGGUAUGUUGUCCUAUGUUGCUGUACCUGUGGUUGAAAUACAGGGAGAUUUUUCUUUGUUAUGGACAGUAAUGGCUUGCAAUGGUAAUUAAAACCACUGUUCACCAGCAAGUCACCAUUGCAUGCAUUUUGAUUUAAAGUUCAGAGAAGUCGCCUUCCUUUCGAUCUAUGUCUGCCCUGUAAAAAGACUGAACAUGACGAACAUCCUGAUUCUCAUGUAAAAUGUGUGAUAAGACAAAUGAUCACCUUUCUGUUGCAGUCACUUGAUAUUUUAACGGUAUGUUGUGGAAAAUAAGUAUAGCCUGGUUUAUCUGCUGUUCGCACAAUCAUCAGAUAUCUUUUUUUUGUGUGUUUGAUGUUCAAAAAGCUCUGAAUAUCAAUAUUAGAAAUGUGAUACAUAAAAAUAAAAUUAGAACGAUGCUCAAACACUGUC